AUAUUAAUUAUAAACUAACAUUAGGCAAAAAACAGUAAAAAAAAAAACUAUAGUCAGUCGGUAACUAUGAAGUUUAAUCGGAAAAAGCUAUUAGCCAUAUCAUGUGCUAUGCUAUUGUUUGCCAUAAUUUUCGGAUGGUUGGCAUUUCCAAAAAUUAUGAAGACUAUGAUUUCAAAGCAAGUAACAUUAAAGCCGGGCACCGAUGUACGUGAGCUAUGGUCGAACACUCCAUUUCCUUUACAUUUUUAUAUAUAUGUUUUUAAUAUAACUAAUCCAGAUGAAGUAAUCAAUGGCGGUAAGCCAAAAUUACAAGAAAUCGGUCCAUUUGUUUUUGAUGAGUGGAAAGAUAAAUACGAUUUAAUUGAUGAUGAUAUAGAAGAUUCGAUAUCAUACAAUAUGCGUAAUACAUUUUAUUUUAACCAGGAAGCUUCAAAAACCCUAACAGGAGAAGAGAUAGUUACAAUACCUCAUCCACUACUACAAUCCAUUGCAAUCGUUGUACAAAGAGAACGCACUGCUAUGCUGGAUUUAGUUGCAAAAUCGAUAGACAUUGUUUUUCCAGGAGAAAAAGCAUUAAAAACUGGAAAAUUUAUGGAUUUAUUUUUUCGUGGAUUUCAUAUUGAUUGCUCUUCAGAAGAGUUUGCAUCAAAAGCACUUUGCACUGCAUUUUAUACUGGCGAAAUAAAGCAGGCGAAACAAGUAAAUGAAACUCAUUUCCUUUUCUCAUUUUUCGGUGGGUCAAAUCAUAGUGAUUGGGGUCGGUUUACGGUUUGUCGUGGUGUUAAAAAUAUAAGCAAACUGGGCAAAGUAAUACGUUUUGGAGAUGAAGAAGAAAUGGAUACCUGGUCCGGAGAUAAAUGUAAUCAGUUUAUCGGUACUGAUUCUACUAUAUUUGCUCCAUUACAGAAGAAGGAAACUGGUUUGUGGGCUUUUACACCAGACCUAUGUCGAUCACUUGGAGCAACAUUUAAAUCUAAGACCUCAUAUCACGGUUUACCCGCACUAAAAUAUACACUGGAUUUAGGUGAUAUUAGAGCAAAUGAGGACCUGCAUUGCUUAUGUGACGAUCCUGAUGAUAUAGAAACUUGUCCUUUAAAGGGAACUAUGAAUUUACAGGCUUGUGUUGGUGGUCCGCUAAUAGCUUCAAUGCCACAUUUUUAUAAUGGUGAUCCAACUUUAUUAGAAGCCGUAGAUGGUCUUCAUCCAAAUGAAAAGGAUCAUGCUGUGUUCAUAGAUUUCGAGUUGAUGUCCGGCACACCGUUUGUUGGUGUUAAACGGCUACAAUUUAAUUUGGACGUAGAACCAGUCGAAAAAAUUGCCCCAAUGAGAAAUAUGCGAAAAUUAGUCAUGCCAAUAUUUUGGGUAGAAGAAGGAGUAGCUCUAAACAAGACAUAUACCAAUAUGCUGAAAUACACAUUAUUUCUUGGUCUUAAGUUUAAUUCUGGCUUACGUUGGACUCUAAUAACAUUAUCGCUCAUCGGUUUAAUGUGCUCAGUAUAUUUGUUUUAUAAAAAAUCAGAUAGUAUUGAUAUUACGUUACCUGAUCAAGUGAUAAAUGAGACAAAUAAAGUGGGAAUUAUAAAGGAAAUAAAACCGCCAAUAUUACAGCCAGAAUUAUCUCAACAAGGAGUUGAUAAAUAUUAAAGCUAGCAAUACGACGAAAUCUACUAGUUUUAUAAAUUUAAGUAAUAAUUCUUAGAAUGUACUUGCUUCUGCAAAAGUUUUUCAAAUUUUGCAUUAAUCACAAAUUUAGUGAAAUUCAAUGAUUGCAAAUUGGAAAUUGCUUUUUUACAAAAAUUAAGCACUGAUAA